GAGCCGGUGAUUGUGAUGGCAGUAAACGUGUUUUCAACUUCUGCUACCACUGAGAACCUCAGUCGACAUGACAUGUUAGCUUGGAUCAAUGGCACCUUGCAGUGUAAUUAUACAAAAAUUGAGGAGCUCUCCUCAGGUGCUGCCUAUUGUCAGUUUAUGGACAUGCUCUUUCCGGGGUGUUUGUCGUUGAAGAAAGUCAAAUUCGCCACCAGACAGGAGCACGAAUACAUAAGCAACUACAAAAUUGCUCAAAACUCUUUCAAGAAAGUUGGUGUUGACAAGAUUGUUCCCGUUGAGAAGCUGGUAAAGGGUAAAUUUCAAGAUAAUUUCGAGUUUAUCCAAUGGUUCAAGAAGUUUUUUGAUGCCAACUACGAUGGCAGUGAGUAUGAUGCUGCUGCAGCAAGAGAUGGUCAACCAUUGGCCACUGGGAAUGCAGUUAACCAAAUGAAAAAGGCUACCACGCCUAGCAAAUUUGGAGCAGCUAAGCCUGUUGGUGUAAGAAAAGUGCCCUCAAAGAUCCAAACAACCAGACCUGCGGCAGCAACUAGGGCUCCUGUCAAGACAACUGUCGCUAAGCCUUCAACAAAGCCUGCUGCUCGACCCGUGGGCUCAGGAGGGGGAGCACAGGCACCAGGAGUCAGUAGUGCAAAGUUGAAGGCUGCUGAGGCUACGAUUAAAGACUUAGAAGCUCGAGUAGGGGAAUUGGAGGUGAGUGUGAGUGGACUGGAAACAGAGAGGGACUUCUACUUUGGCAAGUUGAGAGAUAUAGAGAACACUUGUCAGGAGAACGAGUAUGAUGAUAAUCCUUUGGUAAAACCUCUGCUGGAUAUCAUGUAUGCCACCCAGGAUGGGUUUGAAAACCCUGACGAGGAGCCAGAAUUAGUUGAACCCCUUGAGGAUCCACAGUAUGAAGAUCAGCUGUAUGAAGAUCCCCAGUACCAAGAUCCCCAGUACCAAGAUCCGCAGUACGAAGACGAGCAAGGCUAUGCAGCGGAGGAGUAUAACUAUGAGGAUGAACAAGAGGAAUAUUAGGGUUGCAUUAUUAUAAACAAACUCUCAUUAUACUGUGUGUUCUCGAUCCCACUGUGUUUGCACUUAUAGACUGUUGUACUAUAGA